CGUAAACCUCUUACUUUAGGUAAAAAUUACAGGAUUUAUGGAUGGUAAAUUUAGAUAUGUGAUUAUUUUUGAUUUAAUGAGUCGUAUUCGCCUGUGUGCGUUGACUUCCUUCAUAAUAGACUAUGCUUUAUUACAAUCAAAGUUUUUAUUAUAAGACAGAAAUGACAAGGAAUGAAGCCUAAAGGAGAUCUUUAUCUAAAUUUUAGGACUAACUAUGGAACAUAUUAAAAAGUACAAGAUUGCUGUACCCUCCUCCGUUCGCUUGCAACAAUUCGAAUAACAACACUGGUUGAAUACAACAACGGCUUUAUUAUUCAUUUAUUAAUAACGUAAUAUAAAGGAAAACAAGACUGGCACUUCACUUAUUUCUUUCUCAUCAUUGUUUGUUUACUUUCUUUCAUGUUGCUUGCCAGCCGUAAACAUUUCCCCUUAACACUAUUACCACUUAUUGGUUAAAUAAAUUAAGCUUUUCUUUCUCUAAAGAUUUAAUUAUUCAGUUUAGGAGUGAACAGGGAUGUUUUUAUUUUCCUUUGCACUCAAGUCUAAGCUUACACUGCAAUGACUCAUCUUAGCAGUCAUUUGACUUCAGACCUGCGAAGAUUUCUUCUUAGGACUGCUACACACCGAAUACUUCCCUCAUGAAAAUCGAAGCCCCGCAACGAAAGUUGACAUCAAGAGAGAAUCAUGAACAGUGACUCAAUCUUUACUUUUCUUCAUAUUGGGAACAGUCUCAUGAGAUGCUCUCAGUUCCUUUAUGUAGCUGAAUUCUGCAACCUUUAACCAAACCUGUUCAUAUAUCUCAGUAUAAUUUUGGUCGUCUUUCUUUUGAGUGCAAGGAUAUCGAUAUAGCCUAAAAUAUCUCUCUCCUUUCCUUCCUUAUUCUUUCUUUUUAUCCGUUUUGAUAGUUUACUUCAAACGAAACAUCUUUCUUUUAUAAAAACACCCUUCUUUUGUAUAAUGCUUUUUACUAGCAUUACAAAUUCCAUUUAUGUUAUCCUUCUUCUUCUAUUUUCAAGAUUUGUUUCUGCUGCAGUCUUAACGGAUAAGAAUGAAAAAUGGAACUUGAAUCGAAACCGAACGGCAACAACUAUUCUGGAUUUCUACGCUGAAUGGAAAGAUCAUGAUUAUUUCCCUUCUCCCUCAAAUUGGCGAGCCCUUCCUUUCUACACCGUGAUUUUAGACAAGUGGACGAAUGGGCUUCCGGAAAAUGAUGCCAUUGAGGGAACUGUUUUUGAACAUGAUCCCUACGAAGUAACCUUCCGUGCUGGUGGUGAUAUUGCUGGUCUUGCAACACCUCGUUCUCUUGAUUAUUUAGAAGGAAUGGGUAUUAAAGCUAUCUAUAUAGCAGGUACUCCAUUUGAGAACUUGCCAUGGACCCCUGAUGGCUAUUCGCCGCUUGAUUUCACUCUUUUAGACAAGCACACAGGAACUUUACAAGAAUGGCAUGAUUCCAUUAUGAAGCUCCAUGAACGAGGAUUUUAUGUUGUAAUUGAUUUAACCGUUUCUACCUUGUCGGAAUUGAGUUUUUUUAACAAUGUUAGUGAUUCGUUUGCUAAUACUUCCGCACCUUUUAGUACAACCGGUUAUACAAUGAAGUACAAGAAUUCUCAGCACUUCUACUCCGACUUUCAGUUAUCUAAUGGAACUGAGUAUCCUUGUACGGGACCUGCGUUUUGGGACAUUACUGGUUUACCUAUAAACGAUACAGCAGACAAAGAAAUGAUCGAGCAGAUUACUUGUAUUCAGGGAGAUUUCGAUCAUUACGGAGAUGUUGAAGCUUUUGGUAACCAUCCCCCAUGGUGGCGCCAAUUGUCAAACUUCGCUUCAGUACAAGACCGUCUGAGAGACUGGGAUCCUAUUGUUGCCAAGAAAUUAAAACAUGUUGCGUGUCUUGCUGUUAAAAUGCUUGACGUGGAUGGAAUUCGUAUCGAUAAAGCAACCCAAAUUACUGCCGACUUUUUGGGAAGCUGGAGUUCUUCUGUUCGUAAAUGCGCUCGGGAAGUAGGAAAAGACAACUUCUUCAUCCCCGGUGAAGUUACAAGUGGUGCUGAUUUUGGUUCUAUAUACAUUGGCCGUGGUCGUCAAGCUGAUCAGCGACCUGAAAAUGACGUUGCUGCUCUUAAAACUGGUUACAACCAGUCGGAAUUCUUCUUGAGAAAGGAAGGUGAUUCUGCUUUGGACUCCGUAUCUUUCCAUUAUUCGAUUUAUCGUGCCAUAACUCUGUUACUAGGACUCCAAGGUAAGCUAUUUGCGACAUAUGAUCUUAAUCGUCACGAUUUUGCAUAUAUGUGGAGGCAAAUGCUUAUUCAAGACGACUUGAUUAAUGCCAAUACCGGGAAGCUUGAUCCUAGACAUCUUUACGGCGUCACCAACCAGGAUAUUUUUAGAUGGCCGUCGACUACAGGUGGUGAAUAUAAACAACUAUUGGGUUUUUUUAUAACACAUUUACUAAUGCCUGGAAUUCCAUUAAUUUACUAUGGUGAAGAGCAAAAUUUGAAGUUACUUGACAACCAGGCUGCCAAUUAUGUUUUUGGAAGACAACCUAUAACUUCUUCUGUUGGUUGGCAGAAACAUGGAUGUUACCAGAUUGGCAAUACACAGUAUUCAGAGCUAGAUUUUUCGCCUGCUAGUAAAGCUUGUCAUGAUGACUGGAAUAGUUUCGAUCAUUUGGAUCCAAGCUCCCAUACCAGAAAUUAUAUUUCAAGAAUGAACGAAAUUAGAGGUCAUUAUCCACAAGUUAGAGAUGGUUGGGAUCUCGUAGCUCUAGGAAGAUGGACAGAGGAUGGUGUAUUCCCUGGAAAUGAGAAGUAUGCAGAAGCUACUCCUACAAUGUGGGGUUUGUGGUCUUUUUCAAGAGGACCAAUGAAACCUUAUCAGAAUUUUGGUAAUCAAAGUGAUUACAUGUGGCUACUCUUUUCCAAUCGAAACACGUCCAAGACUUUUGAAUUCAAUUGCUCGGAGAAGGCUGAGUACAAGUUUCCUCCCUAUUAUGCCCCCUUAGGACCUUUCAAGAAUGGUACGACCAUCAAAAACUUACUUUAUCCAUACGAGGAAAUAACUUUGUCGGCUUCCGCUAUAGAUUCACCGGAAUUUGGUAACAUCGGCUGUAUCCCGCGACUGGAGAUUGACGCCUAUGGAUCAAAAAUAUUUGUUAAGAAGGAAAACUGGCUGAAACCAUCCUUGUAUUUAACCGACUUCUUACCGGGACAUGACCACCGCAUAUAUACAACGUCUAAACUGAAUUCAAUUAAUAUCAGUUUGGGUUUUUCAGAGCCUGUUGACUGUCAUUCUUUAGCUAGAAAGAUUACCAUCAAUACUCAUACACUAGGAAAUUACUCACAGCCGAAGAUUGAAGAAUCAAGCAUUUCCUGCGCUUCUCUUGAAAAACCUGCUACUCAAAUAUUUACGAAUGCGCCUGCUACAAGAUGGUAUUUUAAUGCUACUUUGGAAUCAGUUCCCCAAGGACUCCAUGAAUUAGUACUUGAUGAUAUAAAAAGUGUUGCUAAUCGUACCAUGGCUGCUAAACAUGCGAGACUUUUGUUGCGUGUUGGUAAUGGAGACAAUCCAAUGGUUUACCCAAGCAACGCUACCUUUAGCAAAGACUUGUUACAUAUAGCUGAUGGAGAUAUAUACGUAAACCAUACUGGUAUAGGAGCUGACAAGUAUCGCUAUUCGUUGAAUUUUGGAAGUACCUAUUCUCCCUGGAAACAAAUAACGUCUGCUUCCGAAAAACUUAACAAACAGCAUUGGAACGGAAGUCAUGUUCAAGGUUGGGAUGGAGAACAUGUGAUUGUUCAGUAUUGGUCUAGUCUAGCUAUGUCUACCGCUCAUAUCCAGCAUGGAGAUUCAUUGGGUCUGCCUAGACAGUUUCCUCAUUUGUUCGUACAGGGUGCAUUCAACAAAUUCGGUUACGACGGAUCAAUCCCCAGUAAAAUGCGCUACAACCCCAAUAAUAGGACUUGGACUUAUGAAUUAAUUUCCACUUGGCCAGCCCAAGUUGUACUCAAUGUUUGGGGAAUGAAUCCAGACAACAACGCUGAUGAAGGUUGGAUCUAUGGUGAUUUGGAUAAUGAUACAAUUAUCGAUAGAGUUCCUCCCGGUACUAGCAGAAUAUCCAAUUUUAUCCGGUUCCUUGAUCCUCCACCAAAGCCAUAUUUAUCUUAUAAAAUGUACGUCAAUGAUUUUACUAGGCAAUUACAUUAUGUUCCUAAAGGUUCAUGGUCCGUUCAAAUUAUUUGUGUCUCACUGUUAAUAUUUCUUCCUCCUACUGCUGCUAGUUUGUCUGUACUUCUGUACGGUGGAGCUUUUUCUCGAGUUACUAUCUUUAACGGAAGUAAGAGUAAAGGAUGGAAAGGCUUGAAACAGAGAUUUGGAAAUGCAUGCUCUAAAAUAUUUCCUUUUGGAAUCUCUCUACCGGUCGACAACAAUACGGAAUUAAUGAAGCAACUACCACCUUCGUCAAAGAAGCGUAAUGUAUUGGUAGCCACGUUGGAGUAUGACAUUCCUGAAUUGAGUCUGCGUGUCAAAAUAGGUGGUCUGGGUGUUAUGGCUCAGCUCAUGUCUCAACAUUUAGAGAUUCAAGACAUGGUUUGGGUAAUUCCUAUUAUCAGUGGACUUGACUACCCAUUCGAGCAAUUAUCUACUGAACCUAAGAUUGAAGUCAGAAUUCAUGAUGUAGACUUCAUUGUUAAUUGUUACUCUUACAAGUUGAGAAAUAUUACUUACAUUUUUGUACAAUCCGAAGUUUUCUAUAUGCAAUCAACGAAGGAGCCUUACCCUUCAAAGAUGGAUGACUUAAACUCGGCAAUGUUUUACUCCACUUGGAAUCAGUGCAUCGCUGAAGUAUGGCGCCGUUAUCCUUUAGACAUCUACCAUGUGAAUGAUUAUCAUGGUGCUUUGGCUCCUCUUUAUCUCUUGCCUGAGGUCAUCCCUGUAGCAGUUUCUCUUCAUAAUGCCGAAUUCCAAGGUCUCUGGCCUUUACGGAAAGUGGAAGAAAUAGACUGCGUCUGCUCAAUAUUCAAUAUUUCUAGAGAAGUCUGUGCUGAUUAUGUUCAAUUCGGCCAUGUUUUUAAUUUGCUUCAUUCCAUAAUCUCUUACGUUAGAAAACACCAAGGUGGUUACGGUGUAGUAGCUGUAUCUGAUAAAUACAGCAAGCAGUCAUUAACAAGAUAUCCAAUCUUUUGGAGUUUGGUUCACAUUAGUGGUUUACCUAAUCCUGAUCCAAGUGAUUUGAAAAUGAUCAGUAAUCUGGAUGAACGUAAUGAUGUCGACUUUGUCCUGGAAGCGAAACGAAAACUUUUCAAAAGGCAAACCCAAGAAUGGGCUGGAUUAGAUGUCGAUCCGUCUGCUCAAUUGUUGGUUUUCGUAGGACGUUGGUCACAACAAAAAGGAAUUGAUUUGAUUGCCGAUUUAGCUCCAAAGCUCUUAGCUGAAUACAAUGUUCAAAUUGUUACAAUUGGUCCUGUGAUCGAUUUGCAUGGUCAAUUUGCUGCUGAAAAGCUUCAGUAUAUUGCGAGCUGUUAUCCGAAUAAAGUUUUCUGCAGACCUGUCUUUACCGCUGUUCCUCCAUUCCUUUUUGCUGGUGCUGAUUUCGCUCUAAUUCCUUCUAGAGAUGAGCCUUUUGGGUUAGUAGCAGUCGAAUUUGGAAGAAAGGGUGUUCUUUGCAUUGGAUCACGAACAGGAGGUUUAGGAUAUAUGCCGGGUUGGUGGUUCCAAAUGGCUUCUCCAAACACAGGACAUUUACUAGCUCAGUUUGAAAAUGCCAUCUCAAAGGCUCUACAAAGUCCAGCAGAUUUGAGAGCAAGACUUAGAGCUGAAGCUUUACGACAACGUUUUCCCGUGUGUGUUUGGAAACAGAAGACUGAUGACUUACUAAAAGCUUGUAUAUACGUUCAUGAAGUAGAGGAAAUUAAGAAGUCUAGCUUCAUUUACAAGAGUUAUCAAUAUUUUAAGUCUGCUGCUGACCGAGUCACGUCCAAAUUUUCUCGUAAUGCUUUGCUCCGUCAUCAAGGGUCUACCGAGCAACCCGCGUUGAAUGAUAAUUCACCUAUACAUGAUGAAGUAAACGCGGUAAUAAAUGAGCCAUACAUGUCAAAAUCGUCUCCAAAGGUAAAAGAAGAAACAGAAGAAGUGGAAUUUUACUCUCUAGGUGACGUCCUUAACAGUUCCCAGUCGGCUAGUCCUUAUUCUUCAGAGGAGUCAAUUGUUGAACAGAACGAUAGAAGCUUUGACAAUUUUGCCCGUGACUUGCAAACCCAUAAUUAUGCCAAUGCACGGGAAGUUUUUGAUAUUCAAGAAAGCUCCGGAGCCGAAGAAGAUACUAUAAGAGACCAUGUGAUUCCAGUUGGUGAUUCUUCUGUCGAUUUUGAAAAUUUGAAUGCCGAUAAGUACAAUGCUAUUGUGGAGUCUAAGCCUGUUGUUUUCCAUGGGUCUGUUACGUUUACCGAUGAAGAUGGAAACACCAGAAGACUGUUUUUGUCCAAACUUGAUGACUUAACCAGUAAUAAUACUAUGAAGUCUUUGUCCAUUGAUCACUUCAUUCGAAAGCAUGAGCGAAAAUACUUUUCUGGACUUAGAAAGCAAGAAAUUGAUGUGAGAUUGAACUUCUUUUCCGAAAAGGAUAAGGAGAAAGCAUGUUCAGUUACUGAAACUGUCAAACCUCUAGAAACAGAGACGGUUGAGAACACUGCUAUACAAAAGAUUAUGCUUCAUAACAUAGGUAGCUGGCCUUUGUACUCAAUUGUACUCGCUCUAGGACAAGUCCUUGGUGCAUCUUCUUAUCAACUAACUUUGUUAUCUGGAGAAUCAGCACAGUCGACAAACUCUAUGUAUAUAUUGCUCGCUAUUUUCUCAGCAUUCUCUUUAUUCUGGUGGUUCUUAUCAAGAUUUGUACAAGGAAGGUACAUACUUAGUUUACCUUUCCUUUGUUUUGGUAUUUCAUUCUUUUUGGUUUCCAUAACGCAUUUCUUUCAAAAGACUAAUGCUUGUUCGAUAAUUCAGCACAUUGCUGCCUAUAUAUAUGCAAUAUCCAGCUCAACCGGUUCGUUAUACUUUGCAUGGAAUUUCGGUGCUGAAGGUGGAAUUGCUACGCAUCACUGGAUUGUAAGAGCUUGUUUGGUUCACGGUGUGCAGCAAAUUUGGUCUGCCAUUCUAUGGGCAUGGGGAGAUUUGAUUUCCAAAAAGGAUACUGGGCAAAAGGUGGGACCAGGAAUUUUCGCAGGUGGAUUGGUCGCAUCGGUAGUUUGCUUCUUUUUGGCAUACAUAACGUUUGUCGGCCUCCCUACAUAUUAUAGACAGACUCCUUCUAUUAUUCCUGCGUUUUAUCGGUCUCUCUCCAAACGUUCCAUAGUACUUUGGUUUUUUAUUGCACAGGUUUUAAGUAACUAUUGGUUGGCAGUGCCUUAUGGACAGGCUUGGCGAUUCUUUUGGAACACUAGUCACACGCCUUUCUGGGGGAUUGUCGUUUUACUGUUAAUUUUCUUCGUUGCUGUAUGGAUAAUAGUCCUUUACGGGAUAAAGUUCUUAUCAUUGAACAAUGUUUGGUUUCCUGUUAUUUUUGGAUUGGGUCUACUAUGUCCAAAAUGGUGCUUAGAAUUUUGGUCUUCUUCCGGAUUAGGUUUGAAUCUUCCUUGGGCGGGUCGGAUAGCUCCAGUACUCGCGAAAUUGAUUUGGCUAUAUUUGGCACUUUGGGAUGGUAUUCAAGGAAUUGGUGUUGGUGUUAUGUUGCUGCAAACGUUAGCCCGUGAUCACGUAGCAUUCACCUUAAUGCUCUCUCAAGUUGUCAGUUCUUUGACAAUUAUGGUAGCCAAGCCUACAAUACCUGUGAGUGACAAAGUAUUUCCCAAUUUAGGCGCUUGGAAUCCGUCGGAAGGACCUGGGCCUUGUUCUUCACCAUGUUUUUACAUUGCUUUAAUUUGUCAAAUGAUUGCGAUUGGAGGUCUGUUUUACUAUUACCGAAGAAGUCAGCUUGCUCUCUAAUCUCUUUCAUAUAAUUAGACAAGCGUUUUGGUGUUUAGUGAUUCGUUCGUGUGUUCAACCCAUUUGUUUUAUUCAUGUUCACUAUAUAAAAAAAGAUAUAAAAAUCAGACUGUUAUAGACAUAUAUAUAUUUAAUGAGCUUUUUUGAUGAGUUUUAAUAACGAUUAUAAUCCGUUGAAUCUUUUAAUCUAUAGAAA